AUGAAAAAAUUUAGAUUAUCUGCCCAGGGAUUGCAACAAACAGCUCUUUGUGCAAAAGAGCACAACUUCACAUUUAUUGCUGGAGAGCAUGAAUACCAUUGUCAUUCGUUUUUUGCCGAUUUUAUUUCUCCAAAAAUUGCAGAAAUGCAUUUAACAGAUCCUCUUGCCGACACAUUUUAUAUUGACCUCAAUGAUGAUAACUAUGAAUUUCAAAAAAUCAUUGAUUUGAUGCAAGGAAAGACAAUUUCAAAUGUUAGACCUUCUUACAUCACUAAAGUCGCAAAGAUACUUCGAAACCAAGAGCUAUUUGAUGCAUUUUCAGUUAAACUCGAUUAUAAUGCUGAAGAACCAGAUUUUCAAGGAAUAAUUGCAAUUAUUGAUGAAAAACACGAUUUUGGACUUGAUUAUUCUACCGAAGUCAACUUCCUUGCUCAACAUUUCCAUGACAUUCCUCAUAAAUUACUUUAUGGAUUACCACUUCCAGUUAUGGAAAAAAUUUUGACAUCAAAGUUGCUUCUCAUUGAUUCAGAAGAAGAAAUCUUUAACAUAGUUUGCAACCUUAUCAAAUACAACGGCCCUGAGUACGCACAUCUUUUUUCAAACGUAAUUUUUGAAAAUCUUGAUUCCAAGACUAUGAGUUCUUUUAUUAAAGAAUUUGAUCCAUCAAAUAUCGACGCAUCGAUCUGGAAUGUCAUCAAGAGCCGUUUAACGCUAGAAGUCCAAUGUUCGAUCGAUUAUUCGCGAUACAAGAAACUUGUUACGAAAAUACCACACAACCCAGAGAAUCCUUUUGCCGGAGUCUUUGAUUUCUUGUUUAAAGCAAAGAAAGGACUUUUACCGAAAAAUCUUGUUUCAGUUUUUCUUUCCAACGAAACCCAUAUUGCAGAUAAGUUCUUUGCAAGGGAUUCUACAUCUCCUUGGCAUUUUACAGAAAAAUACGAUAAUUAUUUGCAAUUAGAUUUCAAGAGCUCCCUAAUAGCAAUGACUGGCUAUGAAAUAAAGAUGGGAGGAUCCGGAAGCUCAAGGUCUAGCGAUAAUUUUCAUGAUUGGGUCAUAGAAGUCAGCGAUGACCAAACAAAUUGGGAAAUUGUCGACAAAAAAGAGAGAAAUACAGAUUUAGCACCUGACUCAUCUAUGUACUUCGAAUUAGAGAAGCAAACACCACCUUCUCGAUUCAUAAGAUGGAGAAUUACUAAAGAUCCAGGAAAAUCAAGCAACAAUACUCUUAAUAUCAAACAAUUUGAAAUAUACGGUGAUUACAUAGAGAUAAUGUAUCCAAAUGAAAAAAUUGAGAACUCAAAAUAA